AUGGCAGACACCCAGCUGAACAAAUUAGCCUUCGCUUCUCGCGUCAAACGAAUCUAUGAUGCAUGGGCGGAUGCUCGUCAAAACGAGGAUUACGAGUCAAUAGCAGAUGUUGACUCUCUGUUUCUAAUUGCUGGAGAUCCUACUUCGGAUGAUGAACCUAUGCGGAAGGGGUCUUGCCUCCAGCAAUGGCUUCUUGGAUACGAGUUUCCAUCUACCCUUUUCCUAUUUCAGAAGUCCAAAAUAUCUAUUCUUUGCUCUGCUUCGAAAGCGAAAAUCUUGUCACAGAUCGAAAACGCUGCCAAACCCAUCGUCGUUGAGAUCAUCGCCAGGCCAAAGGGAAAAGACGUUCCAAGUGACGCCCUUCCGAGAUUCCACGGGGCAUACACAUCAGCAAAGAAGGUCGGCGUCUUGCUCAAGGAGUCACCUUCAGGAAAGCUUGUUUCCGAAUGGCAAGCCCUUGUUGAUGGGGCAGUCACGAAACCAGAGCUGUUGGAUAUGACGCCCGCCAUCUCAACACUCAUGGCGAUCAAAGAAGACGAGGAAAUGAAAUGCAUUCAAACCGCUGCUGCUCUGACAUCGACCCUCCUGAAGUAUCACGUCGCUCCGAAACUUGAAUCCAUUCUUGAUAAGGAAUCGAAGAUUACGCAUGACCAACUCGCCACACAGAUCGAGGCACGUCUGGGAUCUGGUGAAGGGAAGGAAGCUAGGGGCCCUGACAUGAAGGUCUGGAGCAAAGGCAAAGGCCUUGACAACGUCGAUUGGCCUUCGGUCGAGUUCUGUUAUCCUCCCAUCAUCAUUUCGAAGUCAUCAAAGUCGGGAUACGAUCUGAGGUACACUGUGGAAUCCUCUGAGGAUAACAUUGCGCACAAAGGCGUGUUCUUGGUGGCUUUCGGAAUGCGUUACAAGUCGUACAGCACAAACGUGGGACGAACCUUCAUCGUCGACCCCAACCCUAAUCAAGAAGCGCAAUACGGCAUGUUAUUGAAUCUUCAAGCGGAAUUGCUUACAUUCAUGAAAGAUGGGGUCUCUGCGCGUGAUGUUUACCAGCAUGCACUCUCGUAUAUCAAGAACAACAACACAGAACUAGAGAAAUAUUUUGUGAAGAAUAUUGGCUUCGCUACUGGCAUCGAGUUCCGCGAUGCUGGAUAUAUUCUUUCGGCAAAGAACACCCGUCUCAUCAGAAAAAACAUGGUUUUCAACCUUAGUCUUGGUUUCUCGGGUCUGACGGAUAGUUCGGGACAAAAGUAUGCAUUGAACCUGGUAGAUACCGUCAGGGUCGAAGCCGGGAAAACCUCCCUUAUUACUGAUGGAAUUAAAUCACCGAAGGACACUUUGUUUUUCUUGACGCCGGAAAGCGAAGAAGAAAAACAGAACAAAGGUAGCAAAAAGGUUCCUACUGCCCCCUAUAAAAACGGGUCUCCUGCCAAGCAGAAGACCGCUGGUGGCAAAGUUCUGCGCAACCAAACCCGCCGUGCUGCUCAAGACGAAGUUCACCAAACAGCCUUGGCCAACCUUAUUGAGCAUCAACGCGAACUUCAUGAAUCCCUUCAAACCCAAGGUCUAGCUAGAUUCUCGGAAGAUGGAGGUGCGUCAAGCGGUAAAGAAGGCAAAGGCUGGAAGAAGUUCCAGAGCUACAAGGGAGAGGGUGCCUUACCUGCUGAGGUGGAUAGGCUACGGAUUGUCAUCGAUCGUAAAGCGCAGACAGUUAUCCUACCUAUUCACGGGUUUGCUGUCCCUUUCCACAUUAAUACCAUCAAGAAUGCCAGCAAAAAUGACGAAGGGGACUUCACCUAUCUCAGAAUCAAUUUCCAGACACCUGGGCAACUAGCUGGAAAAAAAGAAGAUACACCUUUUGAGGACCCUGAAGCCACCUUUAUUCGCUCAGUGUCAUAUAGAUCCCCUGACGGUCAUCGUCUCGACAAUAUUGUCAAGCAUAUCAAUGACUUGAAGAAGGAGGCCAAUAAACGCGAGCAGCAGAAGAAGGAAAUGGCUGACGUCAUUGAACAAGGCAGUUUGGUGGAGAUUAAAGGUAGACGACCUAUCAAGAUGCCCGAGGCAUUUAUUCGUCCUGCGCUCGACGGCAAACGGCUGCCUGGUGAAGUUGAAAUUCAUCAAAACGGUAUCCGCUAUCAGUCAAUGGGCUCGCAAAAAGUUGAUAUUUUAUUUAGCAACAUCAAGCACCUUUUUUUCCAGCCAUGCGAUCACGAACUAUUGGUAAUUGUACAUCUUCAUCUCAAAGCACCUAUCAUGAUUGGCAAAAAGAAAGCUUUCGAUGUCCAAUUUUUUCGUGAAGCGACGGAUGUUCAAUUUGACGAGACGGGAAACCGAAAACGCAAGCACCGCUACGGUGACGAAGAUGAAAUCGAGAUGGAGCAACAGGAGAGAAAACGUCGAGCCAUGCUAAACAAAGAAAUCAAGGGUUUCGCGGAAAAAAUCGCCGAGGCGGCAUCUACCUCAAACGGGGAGACCUUGGAGCUCGACAUCCCUUUCCGAGAGUUGUCAUUCGAGGGAGUGCCAUUCCGAACUAGUGCACGGCUGCAACCCACAACGGAGUGCUUAGUUCAUCUCACUGAUCCACCGUUCUUGGUGGUAACAUUAUCAGAGAUUGAGAUUGCGUCGUUGGAACGUGUUCAGUAUGGCCUGAAGCAGUUUGAUCUCGUCUUGAUCUUCAAAGACUUCACCAAAACUCCUCUUCAUAUCAAUUCAAUCCAAAGCUCUCAAAUGGACGAUGUGAAGAAUUGGUUAGAUUCUGUGGAUAUCCCAAUGAGUGAAGGUCCUGUUAAUUUGAACUGGGGUCCAAUUAUGAAACACAUCAAUGAGAGUCCUUUCGAGUUCUUCCAGCAAGGUGGUUGGAGCUUCCUUGGGAAUGCCGGUGGUGUUGAAAGUGAUCAUUCUUCGGAAUCUGGCUCAAACGAUUCUGAAUUUGAAGUCGAUCAUGAUGAAUUCGUGUCAAGCCCAAGCAGUGAUGAUGCAAGCGACUUUGACAACUCGGAUGCAAGCGGCAGUGACGAGAGUGGUUCGGACUUCGGCGAAGGCGAUGACAGCGACGAAGGUGAUGAUUGGGAUGAAUUGGAAAGAAAAGCUGCCAAAGCGGAUCUGAAGCGGGCAGAAGCGAAGAAAGCUGCCGGUUCGGAUGACUCUGAAGAUGAAAGGCCAAAGAAAAAGUCGGCCGCGACAAAUGGCAAAAAGAGCAAGCGAUGA